UAUCUGUCUUCCGAUCCGAUUGGCUACAUAUAAUACGAACGCCCAAUCAGAUUUCAUUUGACAUAAUUAGAGGAAUUCCCAAUCAUGGCAGCCGAGUUCAAGACCGCACAGCCUGUUGAAUACUACAAACAGUUCUUGAAGGAAGAGGUUAGACCAGAUGGAAGAGAGUUGGGAGAAAUAAGAUCAACAAUUCUCAAUGUUGGAUCCAUCAGUACUGCACAUGGCUCAGCCCUUGUGAAGCUUGGUAACACAACAGUGGUGUGUGGCAUCAAGGGGGAAUUUGCCUCUCCAACAGUUGAAGAACCUAAAAAAGGAUAUCUAGUUCCCAAUGUGGAUCUGCCACCAUUAUGUUCAGCUCAAUUCAAGCCUGGUCCUCCAAGCAUCCAAGCACAGGUCACAUCUCAACUGGUAGCUGAUACUCUACUCAGUUCCAACCUCCUGAACUAUGAAGACCUUUGCAUCAAAGAAGGAAAUAUGGUAUGGGUUCUCUACUGUGACAUGAUGUGUCUAGACUAUGAUGGUAACAUCAUUGAUGCUUGUCUGAUUGCUCUUCUAGCAGCUCUUAGAAACGUGAGAUUACCGGUAGUUACCAUCGAUGAAGACACAGGACUAGCAGAGCUUUCAUCCACAGAAGACAGAUCUUUGAACAUCGUCAACCAGUUUGCUGCCACUACAUUCUCUGUCUUUGAUGAUUCCAUCCUUCUGGUAGACCCUACAGUAGAAGAAGAGGACCUAGCUACUGGACUAAUGACAGUCAUCGUCACUCAGGAUGGGAGGCUAUGUAACAUACAUAAACCAGGUGGGACACCUCUAUCUACAGACCAGAUCCAGGAUUGUAUCGGUCGAGCCCAGACCAGAGCUAAGGAGAUAUGCUCACUGAUUGAUGAUACACUAGAUAGCAUUGAGAGAUGACCUUUAUAUCAAACCUGAUAAAAAUGCAAAAUUGAUCCUACGGAUGUUACAUAGACAUUGUCAACCUUGUAAAUGUACAGAGACUGGCCCACUUGGCAGAUUUAUCCAUAUUUUUACAGUGUUCAAACUAUAGGCCUACUGAUGCUGGCUCAAAUACUCACCUAUGCUAAGUCUGUGUAAUGGUUUAAAUCACUAACGAGGUUGAUCUGAUUGGUUAUGUAACCUGAAAAUUAGUUCUUCCUUCACAGUUAGUUGAAAAAUUACCUGUUUUGGUGAGCUUUCUCUUGCUAUACUGCAAGCUUCCCAAAACAGGUAAUUUGUCCACUGAUUGGGAAGGAAGACCUAAUUUCCAUGUGUAAUGAUUUGUCUUCAAACUUUUCAUUGUGUCACCAAUUAUUUGUACACUUUCAAACAUCAGUGUCUGUUUGAUAUACUGCUGUUUAUACUAUUUAGUUAAAGGACUUUACAUUUACUUGGAGAUGUUCGUGCUUGAAAUAACAAAAUUUUGACUGUCAAUCAUGGUGAAAUUCAGAAAUAUAACAUUCUAGAGAAUCUAUGCACUUUCCUUGUGCCUUUGCCAAAUGGAUGUAGAAAAUAAGGUACACCUUUAAGAUAUAACACUGAAUGAUUAUAAUUUUGCUUGAAAUGUUAGAUACCUCUCCCGAUUUGCACGAUGCAAUCAAAUGAAAA